UUUUUAAAUUUCUUUUAAAAACCUCAAUGCUUACUGAAUUGGAAUUAUUUUUAAUUGAACAAACAAAGAUUACUAUUGAAGAUACAAAUUUGAGGGAGGAAAAAACUAAAGGAAUACUGAAGGGAUAUGAUGUUGAUAUAUUGGAGAAUUUAAUUUGUUCGAUUUUGGAAUCUAAACAGUUGAGACAAGAAUUAUUUAAAACAACUUUUCGACCGGCCUUGGGGCAUCUACUUUCUUUACUUUUGGAUACCUUUGGAUGUUUUCAAAUCGAUAUUGAAAUACGUAAAAAAUGUGCUUAUUUAAUUUGUGAAAUUACUAAUUUAAAAUAUAAAGAAUUAUCAUCCAACUUUAUUGCUUUUAUUCUUCCUGGAAUUUUUUUAAGAAUAAAAAAUGUAAUUCUUCAACAAAUACAUUCUAUUGAAAUUUUACAAUUUUCUUGUAAGAUUCUUUCAAAUAUUUUAAUUAUUUCUUUCCUUCCUUUAUUUAAACAACAAAAUUUAAUUGAAAAUAAAAUAAUUUCAACGUCUUCAAUAAUUAUUUUUGAAAGAAAUGAUGAAUGGAUUAAAAUGGCAAAAGAAAAAAUUUUUCCUCAAUUUUGUUCAAUUCUAACUAAUUUGUCUUCUUCAAAAAUUGAUUUAAUUCGGUUUGAGGCUGUUAAAUUAACUUGUACAAUUUUUGAUUUUAAAGGAGAAUUUUGUGAGUUUUAUAUUUUUUUAAAAUAAAAUAUGUUGGUUUAGAUAUAGGUUGGGAUUAAAAAAUUCUGAUUUUCUUCUGGUUUUUGAACAUUUUUGUUUCUGAUUUUUUGUGAUUUCUGAUUUUUUAAUGCAUAUUCUUGUUUCUGAUUUUCUUCUGAUUUUCCUGUUCUGAUUUUUUAAUUCAGAUUUUCUGACGACUUUUUUUUCUGAUUUUUUUAUAUUUUUUUCUGAUUUUUCAUUAUUCUGAUUUUUUUAAUUCUGAUUUUUC